ACUAAAUUGUCCGUCAGUCGUGUAAGAUUUCACUUGUUAUAUAUAAAUUUUUUAAGAAUGCGGGCAAAUGUGAAGUAAUUGUUUAAUGAUUUUUAAUUCUUGUGAUAUAUAUAUAAUAAAUAUUCAAAACUAUUUAAAUAUGGUUUAAAAUCCGGUAUUAAUAAAAAAGACAGAAUAAUUACGACGUAUUGGUUUGCAUUUAUUCACGUUCAUGUAUCUAAUAUUACGUUUCCAUACAUAUCAAAAUUUACAUAAAUUAAAUAAAACAGAAUACAGUAUUGAUAUAAACGUUGCGGAUUUUUUAUAACUGUUAAAGCAAACUAUAAUAAAAUAAGUGCACUUAUAAUAUAUAUUUUUAAUCAACACUUUAAUAAUUUAAUAAACUAAUAAACUAAAAGAUAAAAGCAACUGAAUGCAACAACACUACUACGUAACAGUGAAACAGUAACUUAUAGAUAAACGGAUAACAUUCAUAUGCAAUCGUGAUAAAAAUAUUCUUAACUGGAAAAUUAGAAAAAUAAGAGAAGAAUAAAAAAUUUUUUACGCUUAGCAAAAAACUAUUUACACACAGGUUGUGAUUUUUGCCUUACUGAAAAUGGAAUCUAUGGAGUAUGAAAUGGCACGUAACAUGACGUUGUUGUUUUUCUUAGAGCGUUUGCUGGACAAAGGUGAGCCACGCACUGUACAUGAUCUAUCGUGCCAAUUUGGAAACAAAGAAUUUACUAAGGAAAUGCGUCAAAUUGCUGGAGGAAGCCAAUCUGGUUUGAAAAAAUUUUUAGCUCAGUAUCCAUCAAUUUUCUUGGUUGAUGGUGAUUAUGUUCAAGUGAAUUCGUACCAAAACAGUCUGACGGAUGAUGGUACUCUUGGAGGUCGACGGGAUUAUAUUAAAGAGGCUAAAGAAUAUUUUAAGAAAAAAAUGCUACUAUAUGGUAUUGGGGUUGAAGUGCCGGUAAGAAGUCUUUUAGGACAUCGUUCACAAGCAUCACCUCAAGUGCGUCAUAUAUCGGGUCAACAUAUAAAAGAAUUUACGGAUUUUUUACUCAAACACCCUGACACCUUUAAAGUUGUAGAUGAUCAUGUCGUUUUAGUGGGCUGUGAAGAUAUGAAAGAUUUACCGCCAAGUGAACGUUUACAUUUGCCGGAGACUAUUAUUGAUACUAAAGCGACUCAACAGAUACUUGACUUUUUAGCGCAAUGUAUUGAAAUAAAAGGUCCUAUAUUAGUAGAUUCUUUAUAUCAAUUGGUUACAACAAAAUUUCCACAUGAGCAAUGCUUACGUAUGUUUAAAACACCUGGGGAUUUAACGACGUUUCUUAGAUUAUUUUCAGAUUGUUUUCACAUACAAGCAAAUCUAGUCACUUUACUGCAAAAACCAAAACUCAGUGAUUCUCACAUACAACAGGCGCAAGCGAAAUCACGAGAACAAUAUAAUGCAAUGAAUAACAAUUCGCAAUUGCAAUCUCAACAACAACAACAGCAACAGCAACUGCCACCAGUAAGCGCAUUGCAACAGCGUUUGCUAUCAUCAGUAUCCCGAAAUGUAAGCAACAACAGUCAAAACAAUAAUACCCAACAAAUAUCUCGAAAUAAUGGAAACAUUAUUAAUAAUAUUAAUAACAAUACUUUUUCUCCAAAUUUUAAAAUUAAUGCUCCAGUGUCAAACAUAACAGAGAAUAGUGAUGUUUUACAGUCACGUUCAGAACCCAAUUCUGGAUUUGAUAACUAUGUUCCAAUGUCAGAGUUAAAACUGGAGAAUCUUUGUGAACAAAACUGCCCAAAUCCAAUUUUAGCCUCAUCGUAUGGUCUCUUAAAUAAUAGUAAUCAAAAUCAACAACAGCAGUCACCCCAAAAUUCUCAAAUAAAUUCUCAAAACUCUAAUUCUCCAUCUUUUUCACCAACGGAACGGCUAAGUAGCGCUAAUCAAACUUUAAAACAACGAAUCAAUAGUUUAGUAAUUCGUACAUUAGCCGAAAACUAUGAAAAAGAUAAACAAUUAGCCAAUCAAUCGGCUAACAUUGGAUAUAAUUUACAAAAUUCUACUCACUCUAGUCCUGUGCAUUCCAAUGCGAAUUUGAGCAAUACUUCAUUAUCCUCGUCUGCAAACCAUUCCCCAAGCCACUAUUACUUUGUCGGCGAUACAUGGAAAAUUAAAGUGCUUCAAAACACCAGUGUCAUAGCCAAUAUUAAGCAAUCACUCUUCGUAACGGAGACAAUGCUAAAAUUUGCGCAGAACAAUCAAAGCAUUGUAAUUUCGCUAGAUUGUGAGGGUAUUAAUCUGGGUGUUAAAGGUGAGAUUACAUUAAUAGAAAUAGGAACUACUCGCGGAGAAGCUUUUAUCUUUGAUGUUCGUGCUUGUCCUGAGAUGAUAACUGAUGGCGGAUUAAAAAAUUUACUUGAACAUGAGAAUGUGAUUAAAGUGAUACAUGAUUGUCGGAAUGAUUCCGUAAAUUUGUAUUUACAGUUCGGAGUAUUGUUGAGAAAUGUUUUUGAUACGCAAGCUGCUCAUGCCGUCGUACAAUAUCAAGAGAAUGGCAAGCAGGUUUAUAAAGCAAAAUACAUUUCACUAAAUUCUCUUUGCGAACAGUAUAAUGCACCAAUCAAUCCUAUUAAGGAGCAAUUAAAACAAAUUUAUCGCCGAGAUCAAAAAUAUUGGGCGAAACGACCGUUGACUCGUGAAAUGUUGCUAUAUGCGGCCGGCGAUGUGCUAGUAUUAAUAAACGAUCAAUUAUACGGAAACUUAGCGAGACAAAUUAAGUCUGAAAACCGUAUUUUAUUUUCCGAAUUGUGCACCGAACAAAUUCUUAUGUUAAUAAAACCAAACGAAGUAAGAAUACGUAAAAAACAACGAAAAGUAAGUACCGAAGUAUCUGACCUCAAGCAGAAGCUAGCUCAAACAAAUAAGAGUAUUGUGCUUUCCAAUCGAGAAAUACGUUUAUUAAGAUAUAUGGACUUAACAGAAGAUGAAAAGGAACGACUAAAGGGCUUUUAUAAAGUUGCUAAAAAGUUAGAGAAAAUGGAAUCAGUUGGCAAUCAGAAUAGAGAGCAAAGUGAUUCCGAAGAAGAACAAGAACCCAACGAAAAUGAUAAUUUUCCCAGUCUUGAUUCUUUGCCAUCUGAUAAUUCGUUAAGUGGAACUUUUUCACCACGCUUUAAUUCGGAACCACCAAGUUUGACUGAGUCAAUGCAAAUGAUGGAUGAAAUAUUAUCUGAUCAAUCAAUGGAUCGAGUUGCUAAAAUUGAUAAACUUGAGGCGAUACUAUCAGCUGUAACACAGUUACCGAGUGAUCAAAUCAUAUCAUCUAAUAGUGUUCAAGAUCAAUUGGGUUCAAAUAUUGCUACAACAGAAAAUUUACAAAUAAUAAGAGAAAAAUCGAAGAAUUCGAAAAAUUGCAAUUGCAAUUGCAAUUUGGAGCGUACUUCAUCACCUUUACUCCGUACUGGUGGCGAAAGGAAAUCAAUUAAAAUGGUGGAAGCAACUUCACAAACGCUUAGUACUGGUGAUAUUGUUAUUACAAAAAUUUUCUUCCAAGAUGAGCAAGAGAAAGCGAAAGAAAAAAUUUUGACUUACUCUGCAAAAAAUGAAAUUGAAUCCUAAAAACUAUAACAAAUAAUUAAAA